GGACCCAGGGAUUGAACUCAUGUCUCCUGCAUUGGGAAACAGGUUCUUUACCACUGAACCACCAGGGAAGCCCCAUGUACUACUGGUAGAUUAAAAGAAUUUUUAAUAGCCUUGACAUGGUGCAAGGCACAGUACACAUCAACUAAAAAAAUCAUUACUUGAAUAAUGUGGAGAGAAUGCUAGGAACAUAAAAUCUAAAAUAUUAGUCAUCUUUACAUGUAUUACUUUGAACUAACUACAUUGAUUCCAAACUGAGAGACAGCUUUGAGGAAACUCUUGUCCUACCUUAUUAAAGAAGGAUUUAGGAAAUUCGGAGAAACAUUAUAUAAGCUUUCCAGGGAAUCUUUUGAGAUAAGAAUGUUAAGGUUUAAAUUCCAUUGGUCAUUGCCAUUCUUGUCACUAGAAUGUUCCUUGAGAAGCUAAUUUUACCUGAAACAUUUAGCAUAAUACCUGACAUAUAGUAGGUGUUCAUUUAAAGCCUAUCUAACUAAUGAAUGAAUCCCUGCCUUUUCCAUACAUUGUGAUUUAUUACCACCAGUAACUUAGGAUCUGUUAGUGAGAACAAGAAAAUAGAAUAUACUGGCUUCAUUUUCUUGGGACACCCAUUAACGAGCAAGUGUUUGCUAAACCGUGGGCUUGUCUUUUUUCACUGUUUACGUUCAAUUUUUGAAUUGCAUGAUUUUUAUCCAUUGUUUAUCCUUUACUCAGUACAGAACUUUAGUUCUCAUCAGAAUGCACUUUUUCUUAAACAGGAACUCUCAAGGAUUAUAUUGAGUGUUUCAUAAAGAACUAUUUCAUUGCAGUACCUGAAAGCACAAAAAUUUCUUCUCUCGUACAGUUAACAGCAGAGAAUGUUUGCCAAAUGUUUUAAAAAAAUAUGCUCAUUUUAGAAAAUAUUUCCAAGCUUUCUAUUCCUAAAAUAAAAAUAUCUAGUUGGUUAUCAUUCUAUCUACACAAUUUCAUAUCUUGUUUUUUUUACCUGAUACAUAUUUUCCCACAACAUAAAAAUUUUUGAAAGAACAUUCAAUUCAAAGUGAGUAAAAAUACGUCAGAGGACCCUGUGUACAAAUUCAGAGCAUCAGAAAGAGUGUUGGUAGCUCUCCCCCAUACAUAUACGAUUGAAAGUAUAAGAUGCCUCAAGAGUAUGAUGUAAAAAUUUUGUUUAAAAUAGAAAUUAUUAAAAAUGAAAAAAUAAAAUUAAAAAUAUAUUCUGAUUUCACUUUUGUUCAAUGUAAUCUUUUAAACAUAAUUCACCUUGAUAAUAGUCUGACAAAGUUUGAUGCUAACUAAAUAAAUAUUUUUAAGGAUUCAAAGAAAAUAAGUAUUUUUAAUUAAAGAGAUCAAUAAUGAUGGUUCAAGAGCUGGAAAGUGUAAAGUGUUCCAUAAAGUACCUCAGCCUCUAUGCCUGAGUGUCAGACUGUGUUGGGACUUACAUUUCUGAACUAUUCAGGGAUUUAUUAAAAGAUUCAGAGCAUGGAAAAUGAUGAAAAUAAAGCCAAAAAUAAAAAUGGUAUUUUUCAAGCGGCCUGUUAUGCCUUUUGGAGGGAUGGGAAAAUACGGAAAGAUUUCCCUGACUUUUUGUGGGACAGAACAAACACUAACUGGUUGACGAGUGUAAGUACCGAAAUGACCUUCGGACACCCUUAGGUUUGGCCAGUAAGUGGGGAUAUAAACAGGUGGGUCACAAAUCUAACGAACGACCUUCACCAGCACAAUUUACUUCUUCCUUCUGGAUCAGAGAGUGUCUCCUUCCCAAAGAAUUCGACCUCUAGCUCUGUAAGACAAGUUACUGACUUCACAGCCUCCUAGGUAUCGGCGUGACAGUCUCAUCCUUCGGUCUGGGAAGAAAAAGAAAUACCCCACCACCCCGAGCCUCAGCCAUACUUUGAGGUGCCUGGAAACCCCCUGGAUGUGAAGCAAGCGCCUGAGAAAUAGAGGCCAACUGCCAGGGACUGCAGUAGGCAAAAAAGGAGAGAAAGUUUAAAGAGGUAGGUAGGAGGACGUUUUAAUUCCUCUUCUAUUUUUAACUUUGACUUGCAGCGCUUACAUAGGAAAAUUCUAUAGUCUCUCGAGAUAGAGGACCCCGCAGAAAAAUCCAGAGAAAGUGACCCACGGUCAGCCUUGUAUCCCCAGGCCUAAUGGGCCACUCUGUCCAGAACAUAAUGGGUCAGCUGAUUGCGGCCUUGAACGCGAACACAUACGGUAGGAGAAGCAGGAGAUGGGGGCGGGACGACAUUGCUGCCUGACGCUGAUUGGCUGAUGGAGCUCGUCGCCUGGUGUCAUUUGUUGUUGGAUCGGCGCACCAGACGCAGUCUGCGUCGUGCACGUGACGACGCAGUCUGCGUCGUGCACGUGCAGCCGUUUAAGUCGCGUCAGCGCCGGUGAGGACUCCGGGAGAGCAAGUUGCAGAGAGCCGCCAUGGGAGAUGAAGAUUGGGAAGCAGAACUAAUCAACCCUCAUGUGUCUUCCUAUGUUCCUGUAUUUGAGAAGGAUAGGUAUUCUUCUGGAGCAAAUGGAGACACUUUUAACAGGACUCUGGCUUCAUCAUCAGAAAUGGGUGAUGGAUCAUCUCGAAGAGAUCAUUUCAUGAGAAGUGGAUUUGCCUCUGGGAGGAGUUUGGGAAACAGAGAUCCUGGUGAGUCUAAUAAGAGAGAGAAUACGUCCAGAGUGGGUGGUUUUGGAGUUGGAAAGAGUUUUGGAAACAGAGGUUUUUCAAAUAACAAGUUUGAAGAAGGUGAUAGCUCUGAUUUCUGGAGAGAGUCUAGUAAUGACUGUGAAGAUAAUCAAACACGGAACAGAGUGUUUUCCAAGAGAGGCGGUUAUCAAGUCGGCAAUGAUUCAGAAGCUUCAGGAUCGUCCAGAAGAGGUGGAAGAGGUGGAAGAGGUAGUUUCCGAGGUUGCCGUGGAGGAUUUGGUCUAGGAAGUCCAAAGAGCGAAUAUGAACAAGAGGAGGGGACCCAGCGCUCUGGUGGCAUUUUUGGUUCUAGAAGAUCAGCAUUAAGUGGUGCAGGUAAUGGUGACACUUUCCAAAGCAGAAGAGGUCGUGGAAGUGGACGAGGUGGUUACAAAGGUUUAAAUGAAGAAGUAAUUACAGGCUCUGGAAAGAAUUCUUGGAAGUCAGAAGCUAAAGGAGGAGAAAGUGGUGACACUAAGGGUCGAAAAGUGACCUACAUACCACCUCCUCCACCUGAAGAUGAGGACUCCAUCUUUGCACAUUAUCAGACAGGCAUAAACUUUGACAAAUAUGAUACUAUUCUUGUAGAAGUAUCUGGACAUGAUCCACCACCAGCAAUUCUGACUUUUGAAGAAGCUAAUCUUUGUCAGACAUUGAAUAAGAACAUUGCUAAAGCUGGUUAUACGAAGCUUACUCCUGUGCAAAAAUACAGUAUUCCUAUUAUACUAGGAGGACGAGAUUUGAUGGCUUGUGCUCAGACAGGCUCUGGAAAGACUGCAGCUUUUCUCUUGCCAAUUUUGGCUCAUAUGAUGCGUGAUGGAAUAACCGCCAGUCGUUUUAAAGAACUGCAGGAACCAGAGUGUAUUAUUGUAGCACCAACUCGAGAGUUGAUCAGUCAGAUCUAUUUGGAAGCCAGAAAAUUUUCUUUUGGGACUUGCAUAAGAGCAGUUGUCACAUAUGGGGGAACCCAGUUGAGGCAUUCAAUUCGACAAAUAGUACAAGGCUGUAAUAUAUUAUGUGCUACUCCUGGGAGACUGAUGGAUAUCAUAGGCAAAGAAAAGAUUGGUCUCAGACAAGUCAAAUACUUAGUUUUGGAUGAAGCUGAUUGCAUGCUGGAUAUGGGUUUUGGACCAGAGAUGAAAAAGUUAAUUUCCUGCCCAGGAAUGUCGUCAAAGGAACAGCGUCAGACCCUUAUGUUCAGUGCAACUUUUCCAGAAGAAAUUCAGAGGUUGGCUGGGAAGUUUUUAAAGUCAAAUUAUUUGUUUGUUGCCGUUGGACAAGUGGGUGGCGCAUGUACAGAUGUUCAGCAGACCAUUCUUCAAGUUGGCCAGUACUCAAAAAGAGAAAAACUUGUUGGAAUUCUACAAAACAUAAGUGAUGAAAGAACCAUGGUCUUUGUUGAAACUAAGAAAAAAGCAGAUUUUAUUGCCACUUUUCUUUGUCAAGAAAAAAUAUCAACAACAAGUAUUCAUGGUGAUCGUGAACAGAGAGAAAGAGAGCAAGCUCUUGGAGAUUUCCGCUGUGGAAAGUGCCCCGUUCUUGUUGCUACUUCAGUAGCUGCACGAGGGCUGGAUAUUGAAAAUGUUCAGCAUGUUAUUAAUUUUGAUCUUCCUUCUACCAUUGAUGAAUAUGUUUAUCGAAUUGGGCGUACUGGUCGUUGUGGAAAUACUGGCAGAGCUAUUUCCUUUUUUGAUCUGGAAUCAGAUAGCCAUUUAGCACAGCCUCUAGUGAAAGUGCUAUCAGAUGCUCAACAGGAUGUUCCUGCCUGGUUACAAGAAAUUGCCUUUAGUACAUAUGGUCCUGGCUCCAGUGGUAGGACAAGAGGAAAUGUGGUUGCAUCAGUUGAUACCAGAAAGAAUUACCUCCGCAGGAGCUCUUUGAACACAGCAGGGUUUUCUUCAUCACAAGCUCCUAAUCCAGUAGAUGAUGAGUCAUGGGAUUAAGACGAAAAUAACCAGCAAGUCUGUGGUACAGUUGUGAUGCAGAGAAGAAAGUAGUUUUGAUUUUUGAUUUUUUAAAACAGAAGUAUGAAACCUUGCAUCUCCUAUCCUUCUGUUCGUACUCCCACCCUUAAAAAAAAAUCCUUACUGACUAGUUAUGUGAAAUGCUAAAAGUUACAACGAUGCAAUUACUAAUACAAAUGGUGUUAACCAGAAAGAUUAAAACAUUCUAAAUGCCUUGCCUAUUUCUAUUGUAUUCUUCAAGGGUUUUAGACAUACUUCAUGUCUAAAUGCCAUGUCUUAGUAUAGUGUUUAUUGAUCCUAGAGCAAACAGGAUUAUAGGAUACACUUUUGGUUAAACAUUAUUGGGUUCUGUUUUUGCUUAAAAGGAGCCUUUAAACAAUAGUGUGUCACUGAAAUGUAAUGACAUGAUUUUCAUGAUAGAAACAGUGAAAGACAAGCUUUUAAAAGCAAUUUUGAUUUUAUAUCAUCAGAUGUGUGAUAAACAUGGUUGAAUGUUUGCAACGUGAACUCUGUACUCAAUGAUACAACUGUUUGUAUUUAUAACAUACAGACUUCUCCUUAAAAAUAAAGGAUGAUGCUGUUCUCUAGAAACCUCCCACCCUCGCCUUCUCCCUGAUCCAUGUCAAUGUAUGACAAAAACCACUACAAUAUUGUAAAGUAAUUAGCCUCCAACUAAUAAAAAGAAAUGAAAAAAAAAUAAAGGAUGAAACUCUUUCCCCCCUAAGUUUUCCAACAGCACUUUUAAUUUUUCUUGUUACAGAUUAUAGUUCUCAACUCUUGUAUUUUGAAAUUUUGAGUCUUGUGAAGCCAAUGAAGUGAAAAGUCUUAUAUAAAUUGAAUAUGUAUAAUACACAUUAGUACACAGAUGCAGUAAUGAAAAUCAUUCUUUCAGCUCAACCUAUAUCAACAGAAACAGUGUUGUUCACUCUUGCUAUAAUUAAUUUUUUGAUAUUUUAAUAUUGAGGGUGAAAACUUUUUUUCACUUCCCCCAUUACGUAUCUUAAAUUUACUGUGUCUACGUGUACCCCAAUGUUCAUCGCAGC